AACCGGGCCGUUGGAGGAAAACACCCUCUGUUUUUCCCUGAGUGUGAUUGGAAUAUAUUCUUUGAUCUUGACUCACUUGAUGAAAAUUUUCCUUCUUUCGACUUCUCGUCUUGGUUCUUUUCAUUUUCUUCUAUAUCUUUUUACACCAAGAUUCAUCUGCCAAUUGCCCAACAUUCCACCAUGUUUUCACGAUCAGUGGCUUUUCGCUCCACUUGCUCGAAAUCCAUCAACAGCCUCAGAUGCUUUUCGUCCUACUCGCCUGCUCUCGACAAGAUCAAAGUCAAGACUCCCGUCGUGGAAAUGGAUGGUGAUGAGAUGACAAGAAUCAUUUGGCAAAUCAUCAAGGACAAAUUGAUCCACCCAUACUUGGAUAUCGACUUGAAAUACUACGAUCUAGGCAUCCAACACAGAGAUUCGACAAACGAUCAGGUCACCAUCGAUUCUGCCAAUGCAAUUAAAAAAUAUGGUGUUGGUAUUAAAUGCGCUACAAUUACCCCUGACGAAGCAAGAGUUAAAGAAUUCAACUUGAAAAAAAUGUGGAUCUCCCCCAAUGGAACCAUCAGAAAUAUCCUAGGUGGUACUGUCUUCAGAGAACCAAUUGUAAUCCCCAGAAUCCCUAGAUUAAUCCCAGGCUGGGAAAAACCAAUCAUCAUCGGUAGACAUGCCCAUGGUGAUCAAUACAAAUCAACUGGUUUAGUUAUUCCCGAGCCUGGUUCUUUAGAAUUGGUCUACACAAAAGCCUCAAAUGGUGAAAAACAAGUCUUCAAAGUCUUUGACUACAAAUCUCCAGGCGUUGGUUUGGCCAUGUACAACACAGACGAAUCAAUCACUAAUUUUGCCCACUCUUCUUUCAAGUUGGCCCUUCAAAAAAACUACAACCUAUUCUUAUCCACCAAAAACACAAUCUUGAAACAGUAUGAUGGCAGAUUCAAAGACAUCUUUCUGGACUUGUACGAAAACCAAUAUAAAUCUGAUUUCAAAAAAAAUGAAAUCUACUACGAACACAGAUUAAUUGAUGACAUGGUCGCUCAAAUGAUCAAAAGUAAAGGUGGUUUCAUAAUGGCCCUUAAAAACUAUGAUGGUGAUGUUCAAUCUGAUAUUGUCGCCCAAGGUUUCGGCUCUUUAGGUCUCAUGACUUCUGUUCUAAUGACCCCAGAUGGAAUCUUUGAAACCGAAGCUGCUCAUGGAACUGUCACUAGACAUUUCAGAAAACACCAAAAGGGCGAAGAAACCUCAACCAACUCCAUCGCUUCCAUCUUUGCCUGGACAACUGGUUUGCUCCAAAGAGGUAAAUUGGAUAACACCCCCGAUGUUGUCAAAUUCGCUGAAACUCUUCAAAAUGCAACCAUCAAUACUGUUCAAGAAAAUGGUGUCAUGACAAAGGAUUUGGCCUUAUGUUGCGGUAAAACUGACAGAAGUUCUUAUGUCACAACUGAAGAAUUCUUAGACGUUGUUGCUGAUAAUUUAAAAGCUUCAUUAUCAAAAUAGUUCAAUCCAAUUCAAUUCAAUUCAAUUGGUCAUUAUCUCUAAAUAUUUCUACUAAAUAUCAUUACUAAAUAUCAUUAAUAUCUAUUCAAAAAUUUUGUAACCAUUCGGAUUUUCUUUUAUUUUAUUCUUGCUUUUGCUUUUCCUUCAACUGUAUUUGUUUAUUGAUUGUAUACUUACUAGAUCAUAGUCACCUUUCCAUUUUCUAUCAAUCAACAAUCUGACCAGAAAAAAAAGAA